CGAAUCUUUUGUCUGCCCUAGGGUAGUGAAGCGUGGAUGGCAUUAUAUAUGGUUCGCCAUACAGUCGCCGUCAUCAGUAUGGUGAUUACAACUUAGUGAACAUGUGUAUCAGAUAUUGUGUUUUUCUAGUGACUUUGUAUUUUUGGACUAGCUAUGCUUUGAACUGUCGCUCCGAUGGUGGUCCAAAUGAAAAUGAAUUGAAAACAAUAUACUCGAACUGCUUAAAAGAACAAGAGAGGAAGAAUUCAAGUAAUACUCGAAGAUAUUACAAUGAUCAGGACUGGACUGACCCUCGAGGGUAUAAUACUGGAGACCAGUGGGACAGAGAAGAUAGAGGACGAGGUGACCGUGAUAGAAUGGGAAACAGAAAUGAUAAGUUCGGUGGUAGAAAUGAUAGAUUAAGUGGCAGAGAUGAUAGAAGAGAUAAUAGAGAUGAUAGGACAGGCGGUAGAAAUGAUAGAAUGAAUAGAAGAGAUAUGAUAGGUGGUAGAAGUGAUGAGAUGGGAGGUAGGAAUCAUGAUAUGUCAGGGCGCGAUGAUGAUGGAUUUAGUAGAUAUCAUGUGACAGGGAGGGACGAUUUUAUAAACAGUGAUGAAUAUCUAGGUGAUAUGUCUCGACAUCACAACUAUUACACAUCCACACAAUCUUCGAGGAGAUUCAGACGUGAUCGAAAUAAGGAGAAGAAUUCAGGGCACCGUAGUCAAUAUAAUCCUAAUGCACAAAGACAAAUGGAUUACGAAAACCGCUAUAGGAGUGAGGAACGAAACUCUAGUAGAAACUCCAGCAAAACUGAAGAGAAUCAAGCUUGCGCAUUGCAUUGUUUUUUGGAGCAACUAGAAAUGACAGGUGAAGAUGGAAUGCCGGAUAAAUAUUUGGUGACACAGAUAUUAACUAAAGAUGUUAAAAACGAAGAUCUUACAGAUUUCCUUCAAGAAUCUAUUGAGGAAUGUUUCCAAAUAUUGCAGAAUGAGAACUUAGAAGAAAAAUGUGACUUCUCGAAAAAUCUUCUAAUGUGCUUAACAGAAAAAGGUCGAGCAAACUGUGACGAUUGGAAAGAUGAUAUGCAAUUUUAAUUGACUUUUCUUUAUAAAUAAUUAUAUCUUCAUAAUA